CGGCUAAAUUUUGCCGGAGGACAUAACAAGUUAGUUUCUGACAACGCGGUCAUAUAAAUUUUCUGCAAUUAAUAACCAAUCGUUUGAUGAACGGUGGCGACGAAAAAGAUAAUGAUCAGACGUGUUUUGGCUUCUCAUCUGAUGGAGAAACUCUCCUGCACCGCAGGGACCCAAUCUAUAAAAGGGCGUCUCCUUGUUGGAGGUUCAAUUGACUCGAUUCUUUUCCCAAUAGGGAAGAGAGGAAGCUGCAAGAAGAGUUCCUUAAAUCAAUUUCUUGAAAUUAUUGUUCCGGAUCAACAAGUACACCGUUCAAUUUCAAGCUUGAAAUAACUGUUUCACUAAAGUAAAUUCUUAAAUUUCUUCUGUCGGCGCUUCUCCAUUAACGAUCGCUGUCGGUGUUCGGUAGGAGAGACUGCUCCGGACGGCUCAAAGAAGGAAGCUGGCGCGAAAAGGAAAAGUCAAGUCAGAGAAGCACAACGUCCUGGUGGCGGCCGCAGUGGUGGUGGUUAUUUAUAUCCUGCAACCUCUCCUUUCUCCUUGUUCUGCCUCUCUGUCUUAAAGCCACGCCAACUAGUUCAGAAUAGCCGUUGCCAAUAGAAAAAAGGGGCUCGGCCUCUCAGUUGCUCCGGGAAGAAGAUUGAUUGACUCGCGUUUUAAAGGUAACCCAUGUCUCGAUUUUGUUCGUUACAAAUGGCGGGGGCCCAGGAAAUUAGUUCUUCGGCGAUGGUUAGGACCACGAUGGAGCUUCAUCGACUGAUGGGUCGGAAGUUGAUACCCGAGGCCAGAGUUCUUCCACUGGCAGGAACUCUAAGAACGCGGAACUCUUUGUGGAUAAGGUACAGGAAAGAGAAGACAAUCUGUUUCUGUGCAAAAGGUGAUAAUGGGACUCUUGUUGCACAGAAAACUGGAGGCAGUGAAUCUUUCUUUCAAGACAGUUUUCCUUCGGAAAGCAUGAAUGAAGUUCAGGCUAACGCUUCUGCAAUUGGAAGGUAUGAAGAUAAAUCUAUUCUAGAUGGGGAUGACUUCUUUUUACAGCAUAGCAACAGCUAUGAUGGAGAUCUGGAUUGCCCUUCGGAAGGCUUCAGUUCCGUACCAGAAGCUAUUGAGGAUAUUCGCCAAGGCAAGUUUGUAAUAGUGGUAGAUGACGAAGCCCGUGAAAACGAGGGAGAUCUCAUAAUGUCCGCCUCCAUGGUGACACCAGAAGCAAUGGCGUUCAUUGUAAAGCAUGGCACUGGCAUUGUAUGUGUGGCCAUGAAGGGGGAUCGCUUGGAAAAGUUAGAUCUUCCUUUGAUGGUUUCCCGUGAGGAAAAUGAAGAAAAACUUUCUACUGCGUUCACUGUAUCAGUGGAUGCAAAAGUAGGUACAACCACUGGAGUGUCUGCCACAGAUCGGGCAAAUACCAUCUUGGCUCUCGCAUCUCCUGAUUCAAGGCCUGAGGAUUUCAAUCGUCCAGGCCAUAUCUUUCCUCUAAAGUACAGGGAAGGUGGCGUGCUUAAAAGAGCUGGGCACACAGAGGCAUCAGUGGAUCUUGCUGUGCUGGCUGGGUUGGACCCUGCAGGAGUGCUAUGUGAGAUUGUGGAUGAUGAUGGUUCCAUGGCCCGAUUGCCUAAGCUUCGUGAGUUUGCAAGACAGGAGAACUUGAAAGUAAUAUCAAUUGCAGACUUGGUCAGGUAUAGACGGAAGAGAGAGAAGCUAGUGGAGCAAAUAUCUGUUGCUCGUCUACCUACAAAAUGGGGUCCUUUCCAGGCGUGCUGCUAUCGUUCCCUGCUGGAUGGAAUUGAGCAUAUUGCAUUUGUUAAGGGGGAUAUUGGAGAUGGACAGGACAUUCUAGUCCGAGUUCAUUCUGAGUGCCUUACUGGGGACAUAUUUGGAUCUGAAAGAUGUGAUUGUGGGAACCAACUAGCACUUGCCAUGCAACAGUUCGAGGCAGAAGGUAGGGGUGUAUUGAUUUAUUUACGCGGACAGGAGGGGAGGGGCAUUGGCCUUGGUCACAAGCUGCGUGCCUAUAACCUCCAGGAUGCUGGACGUGAUACGGUGGAAGCCAAUGAGGAACUAGGAUUGCCAGUUGAUUCACGUGAAUAUGGCAUUGGCGCUCAGAUACUGCAAGACCUGGGUGUCAGAACUAUCAGGCUAAUGACCAACAACCCUGCUAAAUACAUUGGGCUGAAGGGCUAUGGUUUGACCAUUGUAGGCCGUGUACCAUUGUUGUCCCUGAUCACAAAAGAAAACCGGAGAUAUCUGGAGACAAAGCGCUUGAAGAUGGGGCAUAUAUAUGGUUCUGAAUUCAGCGACCGUCUAAAUGGCUCCUCCCAAGCACUGGGUGUCGACAAUGUCCUUGCCUGAUUUGCCUCAGAUAUAACAUGUACUCUUAUCGAUAAGUUCAUUUGUUGAUUUCUUGUUCUCAUGAGGCUACAUUUGAAGGCAAAUAAAGAGGGUCCACUAUUCUACAUGUUCUAGUAA